GGGGGAAUCCUCUCACUCCUCUUCGUCUCCGCUGCGCUCCUCUCCCUCUCUCCUCCCGUCCCGGUGUGUAAUUCAUUAUUAUUAGAACAUCGCCUUUGAAGGACUCGCUGUGUUGUUGGAGGGAAACCGGCCAUGUCACUCGCCGUUGUUGUCGUUUUUUCCAGGAACAGCGGCUGUGGUGAAAUGUGUGAUCUUUCUGGGAGGACCGUGAAGGCAGCGCGGCGGACAGAUACCACUUUCCAGGCGGAGUAUCCCUGCGCUGAGAGGAGAAGAUAGUCCAAUGAGCGUCUCUGAGCUGGGCCACAACACAGCGGCGACAUGGCACACUGUCCAGACCCGUGGUUGCCAUGGGUGACAGUUCGUCAUGAGUGCAUCGGCCUGCGGUCCUACCAGCUCUCUCCCCGCACGUCUGUCCGAGAUGUCAAACAGUUGCUCUUCGAGGAGACAAACCUCCCAGUCAGAGAGCAACGGCUGACUCACAAUGGGAGAACGCUGGAUGACAGGCUGCAGAUUGGCACCUUGGUGCCUGCAGGAAGCCCAGAAAUACCUGUCACUCUGGAGGGAAGAGGCCUGAAGGGAGGAGGGAGGUUUGGACAGACAACACCUCCGUUAGUCGAAUUUUUGAAGGAUAUUCUGAGGAGGUACCCCGAAGGUGGACAGAUUCUGAAAGAGCUGAUUCAAAAUGCAGAGGAUGCUGGAGCCACAGAGGUCAAGUUCAUGUACGACGAGACGGAGUAUGGCGUGGAGUCUCUAUGGGCGCCUGACAUGGCUCAGCAUCAAGGUACAGCUUUGUAUGUCUACAACGACGCUGUGUUCACUGUGGAGGACUGGAAUGGGAUUCAGGAGAUUGCAAGGAGCAGGAAGAGAGACGACCCCCUGAAAGUUGGAAGAUUUGGUAUCGGCUUCAAUUCAGUGUAUCACAUCACAGAUGUUCCCAGCAUAUUUAGUGGAGAUCAGAUCGCCAUGCUGGACCCUCAUCAGACGCUGUUUGGAGUGAACGAGUCUGGGCAGUGCUGGAACCUACAGACAGACAGCAAGGAGAUCACAGAGCUGGCUGACCAGUUUGCUCCCUACUUUGGGGUCUUCGGCAGCUCUGAGAAAACCAUCAAGGACGGCAGCUUUCCCGGAACUCUGUUCCGCUUCCCUCUGCGCAUGAAGCCAUCCCAGCUCAGCAGCAACAUUUACAACAAAGAGAAAGUGCUGGAGCUCUUCGAGUCUUUCAAGGCGGAUGCAGACACCGUGCUCCUCUUCCUCAAGAGUGUUCAGAAGAUCUCCCUGCACGUGCGCGAGUCCGACGGGACGGAGCGCAUGCUGUUUCAGGUCACAGCAACAGAGAACACCGACGAUAAGCUAGAGAGACCAAAUGCACUGAAGACUCUGGGUCAGGCUAUAGAUGGCUACAGCAACGGCGUCCCCAGCUCCACCAUCACGUGUGUCACUUACCAGGUCAACAUAGAGACUCAGGACGAAACCGCGAAAGAAACUCAAAGGAUGUCUUGGCUGGUCUGUAAUGGAGUUGGAGGGAGAGGUUUGUGCCCCGAGCUGGACUCUCUGGCAGAUGAUUUGAAAUUCAUGCCUACCAUUGGCAUCGCACUGCCUCUUUCUCGGCCCAACCAAGAGGACAAAGGCGCCACGUGUGGUUUCUCAGGACGAGCCUUUUGCUUCCUUCCUCUUCCCCCCGGAGAGGAGAGUGAGACCGGGCUUCCGGUUCACGUCAGCGGCUUCUUCGGCCUCACGGACAACCGUCGGAGCAUCAAGUGGAGAGAGGUGGACCAGUGGAGGGAUCCAGCCGCCUUGUGGAAUGAGCUGCUCAUCGUCACCGUCAUCCCGAGGGCUUACUUCACUCUUGUAAUUGAGGCCAUAAAACGGCUGCAGACAAAAAAGGACCAAGAUUUUCCGUUGUCUCCUGCAGGGACCUACAGGGCCUGGCCAGACCCUCAGCAGGUCAAAUCUCGCUGGAAACCCAUUCUUCAGCCGUUGUUUCAAGACCUGCUGCAGCAGGAAGUCAUCUAUUCCCUCAGUGAGAGCUGGAUCAAGGUGGACCAGGCCGUGUUCUCAGAGCUUGACGCGGACAAGGGUAUCUCAGAGACUGUGAUCAACUACCUCCAAAGCUCAGGAACACAAGUGGCGAAGGUGCCCGCUGCAGUGGAUUCUGUCCUGUCCACCUACACGACAGAAUCGAACGAAGUGAAGAAGGUGACGCCCUCUUUGUUGCGGCAGGUCAUCAGAAAGUGCAAACACAAAGGUCCCUCACAGGAGAAGCUGCUGCUUCUGGAGUUUGUGCUCAGUGAUGCCAACUACAGCGACCUGAUAGGACUUGAGCUCCUGCCAUUGCAAGAUGAGACCUUCACUACGUUUUCAUCCUCUGUCAGUGAGAAGGAUUCCAUUUACAUUGCAUCUGACGAAUACCCCAGAUCUCUCUACCCAGGACUGGAACAUCGUUUCAUACUUGAGAGUAUCAAGCCAGCAGUGAUGGGCAGUUUGAAGAAAGCUGCCAAAAGCAGAGGAAGACCCUGUACUCAGCUACAAGUUAUGAACUCUGAACGGUCAGCGCGACUCAUCAAAGAGAUCCUUUCAACAGCCUGGCCGACUCGAGACUUUAGUGUCCAGUGGCAACCUGGAAGCCAGGAGCUCAAGCAUCCUACAGUUUCCUGGUUAAAAAUGGUUUGGAAACAUCUCUACAUACAUUUCGCUGAUGAUUUAAAUACCUUUGAAGACAUGCCUUUGAUCCCACUUGUGCCACUUGAAGAAGAUAUGGAUGUAGUUCAGCUUAUGCGUCUCAAAACUCCAUCUCCUAUAAUUUUUGUGGAUGAAGAAGAAGCGCCACUUUCUGAGAAAGUUCUCGACAUCAUGGAAAAGCUUGGAGGAGUGGUGAUAAAAAAGCUGGAUCCAUGUUUGCAGCACCCUCUGCUUAAGAAUUACAUCCACCCGUCCUCACCAGGUAUUCUUCUGCAGAUUAUGGACAGAUUGUCAACACAACGAUUGUCGAGCCAAGUUGCGUCUUUCUCAGUCAAAGAGAAGAUUGCUCUCAGAAACUUUCUUGCAGGGCUGUCAGACAUUACAGAGAGAGAAAAACAUAUCCUGCUAGAACUUUCUAUUUUUGAGAAAGUGGGAACCUGCUCUGAAGGUAAAGUAACUUUUACAUCACUAAGAGGAGCCAGAGCUUUACAUCACAGAGCCAAGUUCCCACCAGAAGUCAAAUUAUCUGAAAAUCUUGCUGCGUGCUGUGAUGAGGAAUCAAUCCGUCUCAUCAAGAUGCUAAAAGUUGAACAAAUCAAAACUACACAGUGUUUGAAGAUGAUUGUUCAGGAUAUUGAGAGCGGUUUCUACACAAAAGAGGAGAUGACUCAAAUUGUGCUUUGGGCACUUAAACAUCUGGCCUUUCUGAAGAAUGAAAACUCAUCAGUGAUUGGAUGGCUUUCUGCUCUUAAAUUCAUUCAGUUGCCUUGUGGGAAGUUAGUCAAAGCCUCAGAUGUUUUUGAUCCUGAACUUGAGAUUUUACAACAUCUGUUCUACAUGGAAGAGAAAGUUCGGUUUCCCACAAGCACUUUCACAUCAUCUCCGGACAUUCUCCAUUCCCUCAGACAGCUGGGACUAAGAAAUGAGGUACAGCUCACUGAAAAAGAUGCACUUCAAGUUGCAAAGAAAAUACAGGAGUUACAGUGCAGUGAAGAACCUGACUGGGACCUCAUUAUCAAAAAAGCAAAAACCCUUCUGCAAAUACUAAACAAACAAACAAAGCUGGUAAAAUCAGCUGAAGCUCAGACGUCGUUGCUGAAGCUGAAAUGGGUACCUGUCUGUAAAGAAAGACCUCCGACUUAUCCCAAGUCCCUUGCUUGGGUUGGCGAUAGCCUCAAUAUCUGCUCUUUGUCAGAGAUGUGUGAAAUGUCCCAUGCAGUCCUUGUUGGUUCUUCAGUUGCAGUGGUUGAACACACAUCUGCAGGUAUGAAAAAAGCCCUCAAACUCACAAUAGAGCCACAGGUAGAUCAAGUUUUACAGCAUUUGAAAGCUGUGAAUGACUGGCAUAAAUCACAAGCUUUCACCACAGAAGAUUGGUAUCAAUUCCAGCAGAUUUUGUUUGAGAUUUAUGGUUUCAUGCAGGCUCAUCUUGAGGAUGCAAGAGAAGCAAUGAAAUCGCUGCCUUUUGAUUGGGUGUGGACGGGAAAGACAUUCUCAUCCCCAGGCCAGACAGUGCUGAAACCCCUCCCUGAUCUGGACCUGCAGCCUUACCUGUACUCACUGCCAAAGACUAUUAGAAAGUUUCACAAACUCUUCAAGUUUUGUGGUUCUGUUGAAGAGGUUGUCCCAAGCCAUGUAUUUCAAGUCAUUUUCACCAUCCAGCAAAGAUGUGCAGGAGAAAUGACCAAGGAGGAAAGCAAAAGAGAUAUUCUGCUUUUGAUCAAUAUCUUGAGAUGGCUGUACAAUAAUCAGAUACCCAUAGAGACAAACAUGUAUGUGCCCAUCCUUUGUUAUAAGGACCAAAACAAAUUAGCAAUGAAGCCGAUUCAGGAAUGCACCUACUGUGACAUAAAGGUUGAUGAUUUGCAUGACUUGCUUGAAGACGCUUCAGAGCCAAUCAUAUUGGUUCAUGACGACAUCCCAAUGAAAACUGCAGAGUGGCUGAAGGUACCAUGUUUGAGUACAAGAUUGAUAAACCCUGAAAAUCUUGGCUUUGAGCAGUCAGGCCAACAAGAACCUCUGACAGUGAGAAUAAAGAAUAUCCUAGAGGAGUAUCCAUCAGUAGCAGACAUUUUCAAAGAGCUCCUCCAAAAUGCUGAUGAUGCAAGUGCAACAGAGUGCAGUUUUCUCAUUGACAUGAGAAAAAAUGCUGACAUUCGAGAGAAUCUUCUUGAUCCUGGCAUGAUUGCUUGCCAUGGGCCCUCCUUGUGGUCUUUCAACAAUGCUGUCUUCUCAGACACAGACUUUCUGAACAUUACAAGGUUGGGUGGAUCAGUAAAGCGAUGUGAAGCAGACAAAGUUGGGAAGUUUGGCUUGGGUUUCAACUCUGUUUAUCAUAUUACUGAUAUUCCUAUCAUAAUGAGCAGGGAGUUCAUGAUCAUGUUUGAUCCAAACAUCAACCACAUCAGCAAGCACAUCAGAGACAAAUCUAAUCCAGGGAUUAAAAUCAACUGGAGCAAACAACAGAAGAGGUUGAGAAAAUUCCCCAAUCAGUUCAAACCUUUCAUCAAUGUCUUCAACUGUCAGCUGCCAUUGGCCCAGGACUCACCAUACAAGUACAACGGUACACUGUUCAGACUCCCAUUCAGAACAGAGCAAGAGGCUUCAGUCAGUGAAAUCAGUAGUCUUUACUACAACACCACAGAUAUCUAUUCUCUUGUUGAUGAGUUCAGCAUUUGUGGCCACCGGUUCAUUCUGUUCACACAGCAUGUUGGGACCAUGGUUCUAAAAUACCUCAAGUAUGAGGAACCAAACCCUGCAGGAGCACAAGAUGUAGUUGUGAUCAGCAAAAGUGUGUGGUCAUCCAAAGCAUCAUAUGGACCUCUCAGUAUCCUGAAGUCUGCAGCAAAGGUUAUGAAGAAAGUAGCGAGUACCAAUAAGGUACCUGCCGAUGUUCCCAAGUCCGGAUGCAUUAUACGCGUUAUGGUGGAGGAGUUUCAUAACGUGUUCAAACGCAUUGUUGAUCUUCAUUCCCCGUUGUUUCGAGGCUCAGAAGAAGAUCCUAACCAGUAUUUUGAGAUGGCUGCUAAAGGUGGUCCUACGAGAAGACUGACUGAUGAAAUGCCCCAGAAAGCAGUCGAGAUCACCAACUGGCUCAUCUGUUCAUGCAUGGAUGUAAACGAGGCACUAAAGUUUUCCCUCAGUGAUAGUGGAAAAAGACUUGGAUUAGUGCCUUGUGGAGGAGUGGCUGUUCAUCUCUCAGAAGAGGAGAAUCGGAAAUGGACGGUAAAGACAAGUACCACACCGAUUGGAGAGGUUUUUUGCUAUUUACCUCUAAGAAUCAAAACAGGUUUGCCUGUCCAUAUCAAUGGCUGCUUUGCAGUGACUUCCAACCGGAAGGAAAUUUGGAAGACUGACACUAAAGGACAGUGGAACUCUGUGUUCAUGAGACAUGUCAUCGUCCAGGCGUAUUUAGCAGCACUCACAAUGCUUCGAUCGAUGGCUGAAAGUGGAGAAUUGCUUGAAUACAACUACUACGCAGCAUGGCCAGAUCCAAGUCAGGUGCAUGAUGACUUUACCCUGAUCAGUCAGGGUGUCUACCAAGAAAUAGCCAAAGGCGGCGACAGUGAACAAGCAAAGGUUUUCUCAGACGGAAAAACCUGGGUAUCAAUCAAAUAUGUCAGAUUCCUUGAUGAUGCAUUACUCUGCCGCCCAGACAUUGGCCCUGCUGCUUUCAAGAUAUUCUUGAAGUACCUCAAGAAAAGUGGCGCACAAAACCUUUGUGCUGUUGAACUGCCUGAGUGGGUGAAGGAGGGUUUUGAUGAUGCAGGCUGCAAAGGGAAGUUGAUGGAGAACACUCUGACAGAGAAGCAGUUCUUUUCAGAUGUUUUUUUCCCUCACAUCCAGGAAAUUGACAAAGAGCUUCGAGAUCCACUGAUGCAUUAUGUUUUGAAUGAGAAACUUGAAGAUUUUGCAUCAAUCAUCAUGGCUACUCCUUGUAUCCCAUGCUCUGGUCCCAAAAAGGAACUUGUGUUACCUUCAAAACUCAUUCACCCAGAAGGAAGAGUUGCCAAACUGUACCAAUGUGAUGAUGGAAGAUUUCCAGAAGGGACUUCUAAAGACUAUCUGAACCCAGUGUGUUUAGUGAAACUGGUGCAGUUAGGUAUGGUCAAAGAUGAUCUCUCGUGGGAGGACCUGAUUGAACGUGCACAUUCUGUGAUUGACCUUAAUGAGAAUGACCAUACAGCUGCAUGCUUUCGAAGCAGUUUAUUACUCAGCCUCAUUGAUGAGAAACUAAAAAUGAGAGACUCUGGCACCGCUGAGCAUCUGGAAAAACUGCAGGACAUCAAGUUCCUUCCAUUCCUGACGAGGCCAGCAGGCUUCUCUCUACCAUGGCAUGGAAACAACUUUUCCCCAACCACAUUGUUCUCUGCUAAAGAACUCUUCACAACUGAACACCAGGACACAGUCUGUCUCAUGAAGCCAAUCCUUAAUGAGAAUUCCCCAUCCUUUAAAGGUUGUGGCGCAAUGUCACUAGCUGUCAAGGACUGUCUUGGUCUGAUAAGGAAGCCCUCAGUUGAUCUGGUAAUCAGUCAGCUAAAAAAGCUAUCGGAGUCAUUUGAUGGAGUCACUCUGUAUCAGGAAAACAUUACAAAUGCUUGUUACAAGUAUCUGCAUGAGGAAAUGCUACAGGAUGAAAAUGCAAAAGGCCAAAUAGCCGAGGAACUGGAAGCGUUCAACUCUAUCCUGGUGGAAAACACGUAUGUCAGUCCUUCCAAGGUUGGAUUCUACCUGAAUUUUGAUGCAGCUCCACAUCUCUAUCAACUUCCUAACAAAUACAGAAACAGCUGCAGGGAGCUCUUUGAAAAUGUUGGGGUACAAUCGAGUUUCAAAGUUGACGAUUUUGCAGCAGUUCUUGAAAGUGUGAAAGACGAGUGUGGGCGAAAAGGACUUACUGAGGAAAACUUCCAGUUGUGUCGCAGAAUUAUCAGUGAAGGGAUAUGGAGCUUAAUACGUGACAAGAAUCAAGAAUUUUGUCAAGCAAAUUAUGGUGGGAUAUUGUUACCUGACUCCAAUCUGACACUGAAGCCAUCAAAAUCAUUGUGCUAUAAUGACUGUCCCUGGAUCAAGGUCAGAGAUUCUUCUGUAAAAUACUGUCAUGCGGACAUUCCAAGAGAGGUAGCUGUGAAACUGGGGGCUGUUCCAAAACGUCACAAAGCUCUAGAGCGAUAUGCCUCAAAUGUAUGCUUUACACCACUUGGCAGUGAGUUUGGUCAGAAAGAAAAACUGACAAGCAGAAUCAAAAGCAUUCUUAAUGCCUACCCAUCAGAAAAAGAGAUGCUGAAAGAGCUGCUUCAAAAUGCAGAUGAUGCCAAAGCCACAGAAAUAUAUUUUGUUUUUGAUUCAAGGACACACCCCACUGACAGAAUAUUUGAUGACAAAUGGAUUCCAAUGCAAGGCCCGGCCCUCUGUGUUUACAACAAUCAGCCUUUCACAGAAGAUGAUAUCCGAGGUAUUCAGAAUCUUGGAAGAGGAACAAAAGAGGCAAAUCCAGGCAAAACUGGCCAGUAUGGCAUAGGAUUCAACUCAGUGUAUCACAUUACUGACUGCCCAUCCUUCAUCUCAAACAAUGACAUUCUGUGUAUCUUUGAUCCGCAUGCACAGUAUGCACCUGGGGCAACAUCUGUUAGUCCUGGAAGGAUGUUUCGAGACUUGGAUUCAGACUUCAGAUCCCAGUUUUCAGAUGUUCUAAAUCUUUACCUUGGAACUCAUUUCAAGUUGGAACGCAGCACAAUGUUCAGAUUCCCCAUCCGCUCAGCAGAGAUGGCAAGGACAUCAGAAAUCAGUUCUUUCUCUGCAUCUGACAGAAUGGUGCAAAAUCUUCUGGAUAAGCUGAAAACUGAUGGAGCAGAGCUUCUGAUGUUUCUUAACCACAUGGAGAAAAUAUCAAUUUGUGAGAUUGAUCCUGCAUCUGGGGAACUGAAAGUGUUGUAUUCUGUGACAGCGAAAAUAACAGAUGGCGAUCGACUAAAACGUAAACAGUUUCAUGCCUCUGUCAUUGAUAGUGUCACCAAAAAGAAACCGCUCACUGCUAUUCCUGCCCAGCAGAUAACCUACACAUUGGACAUUGAGGACACUGAUGGAAAUUUAACUACAUGGAUGAUCUGCAACAGGUCCGGCUUUCCAAACAUUGAGAAUGUCUCUAAAAGUGUGAUCUCAGCUCAUAAGAAUGAAGACAUUACUCUAUUUCCACGUGGCGGGGUAGCUGCAUGUGUAAGCCACAACUACAAAAAACCUCACAGAGCCUUCUGUUUUUUACCCCUUUCACUGGAGACUGGCUUACCUUUUCAUGUUAACGGGCAUUUUGCCCUGGACUCUGCAAGGAGAAACUUGUGGAGAGAUGACAAUGGUGUGGGUGUGAGGAGCGACUGGAAUAACAACUUGAUGACGUCCCUUAUAGGCCCCGCCUGUGUGGAACUGCUGAUUCAGCUUAAACGUCGAUACUUCCCAGGUCCUGAUCCCACCUUGACUGUGUUACAAGGAACACCACUUCAUGCUGUCAAGGAUACACUAAGGAAGUACCUGUUUUUUUUCCCGGUGAACAGACUUGACAUACAGCCAGACUGGUACUGCUUGGUCAAGGCCAUAUACAUCAGUAUCCACACAGAUCAGAAACGUCUGCUUCCAGUUGUCAGAACAGCACAAGUUGACAGCUCUGAUGUGCACUCUGUCAUUUACAUUUCAUGGGUCAACACAUCCACUGCAAACAAGGGUAGAGCUUUCUUUGAUAAUCUGCUGCAAGAUGAGCUUCAACAUUUGAAAAACACAGAGUACAACAUGACCUCAAGGAAGUCUGUGGCUGAAAAUAUCUAUCGGUUGAAAACCUUGCUCCUGGAUAUUGGUUUCAACCUGAUUCACAGCUGUGAUGAAACAUCAAGUCUCUACUUGUGCUUGGAAGAUGCAGGUAUUCCUGUCAGUUACGUUACACCAAGUGAUGUCCGUAACUUUCUCCUGACGUUUUCAUCACCAGAUACAACUUGCCAUGUUGGAAAGCUUCCCUGCCGUCUCCAACAGUCAAACUAUAAGCUAGUUCACAACUUAAAGCUUCUUGUUGACUACUGUUUCAAAGAUAUUGACAUGGAUGAAAUCCACAUUGAGGGUUUGCCUCUUUUGAUAACAAUGGACAACAUGCUUCAGGUUUUUGAUUCCAAAAGACCCAAGUUCCUGACAACACAUCAUGAACUGAUAUCAUCAAGGAAAGAGAUGUUCAUGAAUACACUGUACAACAGGUACAGCAGCUUUCUGUUGAAUGCAGGAGCUGCAAAAAUGUUCGACAUCAGCAGCUUUGGAGAGUUACUGGGCUCUGUUCUUCCAAGAGAGUAUCGAACAAAGACACCUGUAAAAUGGAGAGACACCUUUGCAAGUGACUCAUGGUUGAAAAGUGUCUGGACCUUUAUCAGUGAGAAUAUUACUCUUAAAGAGGACCAGGGAGACAUUAAACCCAGCUUUGACACCGUGAUUGACAUUCUGAAAGACUGGGCUUUGUUACCUGGCACAAAAUUCAUGGCAAGAGAAAGGCUUGUUCUACCUGAGCAUGAUGUGCUUUUACCUUUGAGCUUGAUGAACAUUGCCAUAUUUCCACAAGGCCAAAACGACAAAGUCUUCCAUACUCUCAUGAAAGCAGGGUGUAUUCAACUUGCAGUAAACAAAAUUUGUGUCAAAGAGAAUCCAAUCAUGACUUUUCUUCGGCAACACACAGCAAAUAUUGAAAACCCAUCAAGUGUUCUGAAAGCUGUGGAGUACAUGAUACAGACUUCUACAUUCAAAUCUGCAAACCUGACAGAGAAGGACAUUGAGGCUCUCCUGUUGUACUUCAGCUGCAACCUCACAAACCUUACACAGCAAGACGCACAGAGUCUGAAACUUCUCCCAUGCUUCAGAUCAGUUAGUGGGAGGUACAUCAGCAUUGCUAGCUAUGGGACUAACUAUGUUCUUGCAAAAAGCAUUCCUACUGCAGACAUUGAAAAAUGGGCUCACACGACCUCCUGUGCUUUUUUGGCUGAUAAUCCACAGCUGAAGGAGCUGUACACAUUUCUUGGCUGCGUGCCAAUUGAUGACUUGGAAAUUUACCUUCAGCAUCUCCUGCCGAAGUUUGAGAGUCUUUCCCAUGAUGCCAAGGUGGAACACAUUGUCAAUUUGAAGGAAAUACUUUUGUCAAUGGAAGAAUCAUGCAAAAAGAAGGAUCAGCUCUAUGAAAAAUUGGAAGGAUUGUCAUUCAUAUAUGACUAUUCAAGCAGACUCAGGCCAACCAAGUUUUUCUAUGAUGAAACAGUGAAGGUGUUUGAAGUUAUGUUGCCUGCAAAGUCAUUCAUACCAAAUGACUUUUUCAAGAAAGUGGAGCAAGUGUCAAAACCCAAGAAUGGGUCUCUAUCAUUGUCAUCAUGGAUAGCCUUCCUCCGAAAUAUUGGUCUCAAGCAUGAAGUGUCACAGCAGCAGAUUCUUCAGUUUGCUAAAGAAGUCAGUAUCAAGGCUCAAACUGAGAGCUGGACCAAAGAAAAAGUGCAAACCACAGUUGAUGUUCUUUUGAACCAUAUUUUCAAAGAGAGGACGGACCUGUUUCAGGGCACAUUUCUGAAAGAACUGUCGAUGAUACCUUUUUUGUGUCCUGAGAGGGCACCCAAAGAACUUGUCAAACUUCACUCUCAGUACCAAGAGAUGAGUGGCACACUACCUUUGAUUCGUUUCAGUGGGUCUCAAGUCAAUCCAAAAUUCAAGCAAACGGACAUCAUUCACUUGCUUUGGACAUCUUGUCCAAUUCUGCCUGAGAAGGCCACACCAUCAAGUAUAAAGGACCAGGAGGAGAACACCCUAACUGGACAGGAACAACUGGACCAAGUUCUGAACAUGUUAGGCGUCAACUUGGACCCACCACUCGAAAAAGUCAUAAGCAACUGCAAAAACAUCUGCAACAUAUCUGGUCCAGAUGAUGAAAUGGUGAAAACCAGGAACAAAGUUUUAAGAUCUACAUACGAAUUCCUCAAUGCUGAUAAGAGAGAUUUCCGUUAUCAGCUCCGUGGAGUGGCUUUUGUCAUGGUUGAAGAUGGCUGGAAACUGUUAAAACCUGAAGAAGUGGUCAUUAAUUUGGACAAUGAAUCUGAUUUCAAACCUUACUUGUACAAAUUACCCCUAGAACUUGGGACCUUUCAUCAGCUGUUCAAACUUUUGGGCACAGAAGACAUUGUGUCAACCAAACAGUAUGUUGAAGUGCUGUGGCGAAUUUACAGAAGUUCAGAGGGUAAGCAGCUUGACCCUAAUGAAAUGAGAACUGUGAAAAGGGUUGUUUCAGGAUUAUUCAAAUCUCUUCAUAAUGAUCCCGUUGAAAUUCGCAAAGACCUUGAGAGUCUCAGAGAUUUGAUAUUUUAUCUGCCAAGCCAUGAUGGCAGAUUAGCUAAAUCUAAUACUUUGGUGUUUGAUGAUGCACCACAUUACAAGAGCAGAAUUCAAGGCAAUGUUGGGGUUCAGAUGCUGGUAGACAUGAGUCAGUGUUACCUUGGCAAAGAUCACUCGUUCCACACAAAGCUGAUCAUGCUACUUCCUCAAAAACUGAGACCUAGACUGUUGAGUAGCAUUCUUGAAGAGCAGCUUGAUGAGGAUUCUCCAAAAAUGUGCCAGUUUGGAGCCCUUUGUUCACUUCAAGGUCGCCUUCAGCUGUUGCUGUCAUCAGAGCAGUUCAUUACAGGGUUAAUCAGAAUAAUGAAGCAUGAAAAUGACAACGCAUACCUUGUGAAUGAAGAAAAAGCCAUUCGUCUGUGCAAAGCACUUUGCGAGGGACUGAAAGUUUCCUGUUUUGAAAAGCUUCAGACAACUUUAAGAGUAAAAGGCUGUAGUCCCAUCCCACACAGUCGCAGUGAAACUCUAGCCUUCCUCAAGCGAUAUGGGACAGCGGUGAUUCACCUCUACAUCCAGCAUUCAGACAGCAAAGACAUUAACUUUCUUUUGGCACUGGCUAUGACUCUAAAGUCAGCUACGGACAACUUGAUUUCUGACACAUCCUAUCUGAUAGCCAUGUUGGGCUGCAAUGACAUCUACAGGAUCACAGAGAAGCUGGAUAACCUUGGUGUGAAGUAUGACUCAACAGAGCCUUCACAACUUGAGCUCCCCCUGCCAGGAACCCCUAUUCCAGCUGAAAUACAUCACACGCUCCUAAUGGACCCACUGAAUGUGUUCUAUCCAGGGGAAUAUGUUGGCUAUCUCGUCGAUUCUGAGGGAGGAGAUAUAUAUGGAUCCUACCAGCCCACUUACACCUAUGCUAUCAUUGUUCAGGAAGUGGAAAGAGAAGAGGAAGAAAACACAAGUUUCCUUGGAAAAUGCUUCCAGAUUGACAUUGGCUAUAGCGAGUACAAAAUAGUCAGCUCACUCGAUUUGUACAAAUUCUCAAGACAGGACGAAAGCACUCAUGUACGGGACACUAGUGCCCCAUCCACCCCCACAAGCCCAGACUGCCGUACCACUGGGCUAAGAAUGACUCCUCCUCUUUUUGCUGGCAAAGAAAACCUCAGACCUCCACCCCAAAAACAGUCUCCCAAGAAAAUCAAGCUUAAUGCUUUGCCUGAGAUUCUGAAAGAAGUGACCUUAGUGAUUGAGCAAGCUUGGAAGCUGUCAGAGACGGAGAGGAAAAAGAUAAUCCGCAGAUUGUAUCUUAAAUGGCACCCAGACAAAAAUGCAGAGAAUCUUGACAUUGCGACAGAAGUCUUCAAGCAUUUACAGAACGAGAUCAAUAGGAUGGAGAAACAGUCUCUAGCUGAUCAGCUUAACACAGACAGAGCUUCCAGGAGACCUUACUCCACAUCAUCAAGCCGCUUCCAAUCAGAGAAGUUCUCAUUUCAGAGGUUUUACUCAUCGUGGAACCAAGAAGCGACGAGUCACAAAUCAGAAAGGCAGCAUUUCAGGGAACAUACAAGCUAUGCAGGUUCAUCACAAUCCCAUCGUUUCUUUGUGCCCCCAACCUUCAAAACAGUCGGAAACCCUGUGGAGGCCCGCAGGUGGCUGAGACAAGCCAGAGCAAACUAUUCUGCUGCUCGUAAUGAUCUCCAUAAAAAUGCAAAUGAGUGGGUCUGCUUCAAAUGCUACCUGGCCACAAAGCUUGCACUGAUAGCUGCUGACUAUGCAGUCAGAGGGAAGUCGGAUAAAGAUGUGAAACCAACUGCCCUUGCUCAGAAAGUUGAAGAGUACAACCCUCAGCUAGCGGGCCUUUCCAAUGAUGUUCAGAUCCUCGAAGGAUAUGGUGUCGACAGCUUGAGAACUCGCUACCCAGAUCUGCUGCCAUUUCCGCAGAUUCCUAAUGACAGAUUCACGUCUGAAGUGGCAAUGCGGGUGAUGGAGUGUACUGCACGGAUUAUCAUAAAGCUCGAAACCUUUGUGCAGCAAAAAAUAUGAUUGUGUUAAAUGAGUAUGCAUAGAUCCUCUGUGAAAUAGAUCACCUCUCUGGCUGUGUGCAAUACAGACCAUAUGUACCACUUCGAAUAAAACUGAAAUAUCAAGCUGGCAGCUUAAAGUACAUAUGCAGUUUCUACACGUGAUUGUGUUACUGUGGCCCAUGCAAGUGUGAUAAAUACAAGUAUGGCUAUUAUAACCUAUUAGGCUGUCCUAUACAUUUGCUGUAAGAUGUGAAAACACAUAUGCUCUACAUAUCGAUGCCUCAGUAAUGUUUUGUUUACUAAAGUCCCCACAUUUUACGGUAUUUGAGUUAGAAAAAAAUGCUGCUUUUUUUUUACUUUAUCUUUUAUAGAAAAAACAAAUACUAACUCUAUUUUCUUGCUAAUGAAAAACCUGUUGAGUGUACAUGAAGGAUGAGCUUGUAGUAAAAUAGAUCAAUUCUGUCAAAUACUGCUGUUUCUGUCAUGCAAGAUUUCCUGUUUGCUCAGCAGAGAAAAUACAAUCAUGUUUGUACAUUUUACUUUUUGUAUCUUUAUGGUUGUUUUCAUAUAAUUUCUGUAAAUGUUGAACAUCUCUGGAUAAUGAAGCCAGUCAUUUCUUUAUGGACAAAGCACUUUUAUGAAAAAAAAAAUGUAUGUACUGGCAUUUUUAAUAGUGUUUUUCUCUCCUCGGCAGUUUGGGAAUCCCAACUCUGAAGAAGAAACAUUUUUCUUACUUUAAACAAGGUUGCUUGUUUGUUUUGUUGCUAAUAUAUUUUGUUUGUUUGUUUGUUUGUUACUGGGGGGUUUCUUUACAUCGUACAUCGUGUGUUUAUGUGAAUCACAUCUGCUCAGAGCUGGAGAGCAGACAUC